CUAGCACGCGGGCGCAGCCAGCCCUCCCCCCAAAGCUUCUGGAGACAUCUGCCCGUCCCCCUCCCGCCGUCGCGUCCUCUUCGAAUCGAAUCGAGAAGCGCAUCGACCGCGAUCAUCCACCCCAUGGCCGACAAGGAGCCCGUCGCCGAGCGCCCCGGGGCCGCUGAGGAGGAGGAGGACGCCUCCGCCGCCGCCGCCGCGGGGGAGGAGGAGGACACGGGCGCCCAGGUGGCCCCCAUCGUGCGGCUCGAGGAGGUUGCCGUUACGACCGGCGAGGAGGACGAGGAUGUUCUCCUCGACAUGAAGGCGAAGCUCUACAGGUUCGACAAGGACGGCAACCAGUGGAAGGAGAGGGGCACUGGCACCGUCAAACUCCUGAAGCACAAGGAGACAAGCAAGGUCCGCCUUGUCAUGCGCCAGGCCAAAACGCUAAAGAUCUGCGCCAAUCAUCUCGUGGUCUCGUCCACGAAGAUGCAGGAGCAUGCCGGCAGCGACAAGUCCUGCGUUUGGCAUGCUGUGGAUUUCGCUGACGGUGAGCUUAAGGAGGAGAUGUUUGCUAUCCGGUUUGGCUCCGUAGAGAACUGCAAGAAGUUUAAGGACUUGAUUGAUGAGAUUGCUGAGUCGCUUACAAAGAAUGAAGGCAAGGAAAAUGAAGACAGUUCAUCCACUGCGGGAUUGCUGGAGAAGCUCAGUGUGAGUGAGAGCAAAUCUGAGGAAAGUGUGAAGGCAGAAUCAACAGAAUCUGGCAAGGAGGCAGAAAGCAAAGCUGGGGCAACCCCAUCUGAGUAGAUGGCUUAAACAGUUUGUUGGUCCUUCCCGCAAGUGCAAGUUUGGUACUCGUUGCGCAUGAUGUGCUUCUAGUCUUUGGGGGGAGUCAGAGCAGAGUCGUCGAGUCGUGUCUUGGUAGCUCCGUUUGCUUUACAGAGAUCGCUGUUCUGAGUGAGGCUACGUUUGGAUUUGGUCUGGGCUUGAUUUUGCUGAAAACAAGUCCGUUGGUAUCAGUCGGGAACGUUGGUACGUGAGUUUGCGAGUAUUUCACUGCAUGGAUCGUUAUGGAUUGCGUUAAAUUCAUAUAAGAUGCAUUCUAUAUUUUUAUUUGUGCUAUAUACAAUACAUCAUUUCUGCGACGCUAGUCGCGGGGAGAUAAUUUAGACCAGGUGUUUGUACA